UUAUUUGGAGGAGGAAUAAUGGCGGGAUUCCAAGGUGUGGUGCGGAGCGAAGAGGAAGCGGAAAUGCCCGCUGCUGCCAUUAGAGACCAGUGGGAAGUUCAAUUCUCUCGCUUCAUUUGCUAUCCAAGUAGCGCCGCCACCACCACCAACAACGCCAGCCUCCAUCCUCUCUUUCCCCGUCUCCGGAAUCGCCCGCCUCGAGGCACAUGGAUCUCUUCGUCUUCCACUGCUAUUCUGCAACUCCUCCACCGUUGCUCCUCCCCUGAUUUGAUUCUCACCGUGCGUUUUCGAGAUAAGAUCCUUGAAGAGCACUACCUCUCCAAGCUUCAUUUCUCAUGGCCUCAGGUGUCCUGUAUCUCUGGUUUUCCUGCCAGAGGCACCAGAACUAUUUUUGGAAGUUAUAGAGAUUCAGCUAACGAGAUCCAAAAGUUUGCCCUAAGAUUUUCAACAGCUUACGAAACUGAUUCAUUUGUGAACAUUCUCAAGGAAAUGGCGGAGGAUGCAAGAGAUAUUCAACCAAUAAGCAGCGAAUUUGGGUCUCGGAUUACAACACAAUCCGAGUUAUUAUCUUCAAACAGACCGUCUGAUAGCCUUUGUGAAGAAUUGAGCAAUUCUAUUGUCCAGCCUUACACUCCUGAAAUGCCUUUGAGCUUAAAAGAUACUGUAGAGACAUACCCAUGUUCUCAAGAAAGAGCACAUCUUGACCACUUAGAAAGCGUCUUUGCAGCUUUGCCUCCCAGUUUCACGUCUAUGCUGUCAAACUGUUCAGAUGUCAAACAAGGUAAAACUGCAGCUCAGCCAUCUACUACAAAGGAUAAUGAUCUAAAGUCUCAAAUCAUGAAAUGUAUGGAAGAUUCUUCCUUUCAAGAUAUGUUGAACAGAGUUGAGAAAAUUGUCAACGAAAUUGGAGGUGAUUUGCCGCUGUAAUCUCAGGGUAAUGUACGUAACAUUUGACGCCUUUACAUGUCUUUUCAUUAGCUCCCAGCCGUGGCCACAUUAUCUUCGCAUACACAUCCUAGUUACUACUUAAUCGUCAUACAAUUUGCAGUCCUGUUUUCUCUGAGCUACACAGAAUAUUUUAGUUAGUUUGAGGGUACAUUGGCUUCUUACUUGUGAACUUCUGAAUAUUAGACCAAAUAUCUUGUUGAUAAUUGGGGAAAUUAAUAGACCGAACAGAAUUGUAAAUGCUGUGGGUGUAGAUUUCAUUCGGUUUUAGAAAAUUAGGGUUUUUGUAAAAUUUUAGAAAUGGUAUUUUAUGAUGAAGUGGUCACCUUUCCGCC